AUGGAAUUCGACCAUCAGUGCCCCACAGUAGCACCUCUAUCACCGAUCUCAACUGCUUCCGGAAGUCGUGCUAGCAGUUUUGGUGAUCUCUACACUCCCUCGGUUACGACUCAAUCAUCACCAAACCCUCUCAGUGUUAGUGUCCUCCAAUCCGAGUCGACUAUCAGAUUUUUCCCCGACGAACAAGCGUUGGUUGGUGAGGUUCUUCAAAUGCUACCAGAGAAGAGGCAUUUGAUGGUUGCCAUUCAUGCCAAGCAAGGUAUGAAGCCACCAAGUUUGAAUUUCAUAACGUCUCGCCUGCCCCCAGCGUUGGAGUCGCUAUUCGUGCUGGCACCUUCCUCCGGUUUUGAUGGUGUUCUCCGUCUUGAGGUUGCUGUUUUAGUUUUGCCUCAAAUUGAGGAAGUUGCGAAAGUGUGUACGCCGGGGACCCUGGGUCCUCUCGUGACAGUCACGAGUUUCGACUCUCCUGUUUUGCCGUGUGAUUUAACCGAGCAGGAGAUCUCUUUUCCAGCUGCCUUACAGUACUACUAUCAACAAGAGGCGGAGGUUCCUAUAAACGAUUUGCUAUCAAUUGACGACAUCUAUACGACGACAGCGGGUACCACUGGUGUUUGUGCUGUUCUUACUCUGAAUGAUGUGAAGGAUCUGCUACCACCUACUGAAGCUGAGUGCUGCGCUCGCGUGCUAAUGGUUAAGCGUUGUCAUCGGCUCGGCAACAAAUGCAGUAUGAAGAUCAAGGCUUAUUUUGACGCUCUCCUCGGCAAGCAAGAUGCUGUUGAACAUGUUCUUAUGCUCCCGUUGAAGUCACGUUGUCCCUCUAAAUGUGGUCGUCCUGUCCCUCCCAAGACGGGCUUUGUGGUGUUCAGAGAAUCAUCAGAUGCUAUGAUGGCUAGGUCCGUCGGUUCGGAUCAACUCGUCAAUGAUAAUGCGGUUAUUAAAGUCGAGACUUAUGAUGGUUUCUAGUGUUCUAUAUUACUCUACUUCAUUUUCUGUUU